AUGGCGGUGACGGCCGGGCGAUUUAGGCAGGAGCUUCGGGAGCGGCUGCGCCGCCAUGGGCAUUUGAACUCGUUACGCAGUAGCUUGCAGGCGGCUCUUUUGGCCGACUUUCAUGCCGGGGGCGCGCCGGUGCCCGGUGCAGCUGGCGCCCGACGCAAGCCGGGCUUUUGGCACGCCCUCGAGGCUUUGAUUGCCCAGCACUUUACUGUGCGUCAUGACGAUGUGAUGCUUCACUGUCACUUGGCAGAUGGCCGUCUACGCCCAGAUGAGGUGCAGCAUCUUUCCCUGCGCGCCCUCCUUCAGGCCAUGAACUUGCCCUGUGAAUCCAUGCAUCUGGCUCUCGAUCGCCUCAGGCUCACCGAGGCUCAAAUUCGAGAGUUGACUCAAAAAUCAUCCGAGGAAGCAACGCCGGAUUCGUCCUCAGCUCCUUCUAUUCACGAUGCCCAGCCCCCGCCCAGUCUUUUGGCUGCCCUUGUACUUGCUGGGCUUCAAUUCCUGACGACGGAACAAGUUCCGUCACACAAUCACGAGACGCCCAAGGACUGGGAACGAGCUCUUGCUGAAGUGCACCGUCAGGCCGAAGCCCGCGCACAAGCGCGUCUGGCCACUGAGCAAGAACGCUUUCGACAGACUGAACUCCUCCAGAUGCGACUCCAGGAGCGCGAGCGCUUGGCCCGGGAACUUGAAGACACGCGCACUCAACUGCAGACCGCUUACGAGGCACGCGCUCAAGCGCUUCAGCAGCGGGAGGAGCGCGCAGAUGACGAGCGCCGCCGCCUGGCGGCCCAGCUCAAGACUGACGCAAACGAGCAAUUGGCCGCCAAGCGUCGGGAACUGGAUGCGUUGGAAACCGAGCUGCGCCAGCAUCUCAAUACGCUGACGCUGCAACAGCAAGGCACCUCUGCCCUGGAAGAACAGCUCCACGCGGCGCGAGCACAAACUCAGCAACUGGCGGCUCAACUGCAAUUUGCCACCGCCACGCGUGGUCAACUGGAAGGGCAGGUGGCCUCUCUGCAAACCCGCUUAGAACACCAGAGUGACUAUGCCAACAUUCGAUAUCAAACACAAGAGCAGGAGCGCCGCAUCCAUGCCCUGACCAAAGCUCUUGAUUUGGCUGCGGAGCGCCACGACCUCAUGGAACACCGUCUCCGCGCUGCCGAUGAUCACACUCGCGCCGUCGUUCAGGACCAUGAGGAGCGUUGGGAGCUGGCCAUGGCGCAGCAAGCGCAGCAACAACAACAACUGCAAGCUCACAUCCAUCGCCUGCAGCUGAAACUGUCGCGCUCCCGUUCCAAGGAACAAUUGGAUGCCCGAAGAGACGAGGUGCGAGGGGCUCGUGAGGCCAAUUUGGCCCUGCGAAAGCAGUUGGUUCUUGCGGGCGCCGAUCCAUCCUCCUUCCCCACUAUCCCCCAACCUGCACUUCAAGAGAACCGUGCCCAUCACGAUUGGAGGCCGACCCAGCCCUCGAGUCAGGCUUCCCAUCCCCCACCAUCGCAACACCAGUCCGCCCUCCUUUUUGCUCAGCGCCAAAUCGAGCAGCUUGAAGCUGACGAUAAGGAGCUCGAGCAUCGCAUGGCCUCGUUUUUGCGCGAAGGGCGCCGUCCUGUGAGUGCCGCAGCCGAGGUCCCGCACGCUACCCAGCUUCGUCUAGGCCCCCGUGCCGCAGUGCUUCAGGAUCUGUAUCCAUCAUCAGCAGCCACUCAGGGGGCAGGAUCCUCUGAAGCUCGUGCACCUCCAAAUUUGCCUGCUGCUCCGUCACCACAACACGGAGUCAAGCCCCACGGCCCCAUUGGCUCCUUCGCUGUGACUUCCCCUGCACCUCACGAACCAGAACCUGACAAAGGCGCCCGUGUCACCGACAUGCCUCAAGCUCAAGCGGAGUCAGGGCCCGAUGCGGCCUUUUCAGCGCACCGAUCGCGGCAAGUGGGCCCCUCGGAGAUCAGCAGACCUGCAAGUGCCACCGUGCGCCCAGUCACGCCACCGCAUGUUCUGGCCUUCUCCCCUGCCUUUCAGCAAGAGACCCGGCCGCCACGUCCCGGGUCCUCUCCACGCCCAAGCGCUCACAGUUCCCCUCAGGCGCAAUCACCUCCAGCUCCAGUCGCAACCGUCCGUCCGGCCACGCCUCCCCACCCGCCUCCAGUCUCACCAUGUUUUGCUGAGGAAACCGUGCCGCCGCCCACCUCUGCUCCUCCGGCUGCCACAACCUCGAUGCCUGCGGUUGACAAUUCACCGAUACAAUCACGCCUCCAGCCCGUGUCUUCUGUCACCACCAGCACUCCUACGCCCGGCCCCCGGGCCACGAGUCUGCUGAGCUCGCUGCAACAGGAGCUCGGCUUUUCUGCGGCACCUCAAGCAACAUCGCCGCCGCAAGCUAUGCCCGCGUUCACUGUGGCGGCAGCUUCGCCGGGCUCGCAGUCACCCGACACGUCGGUGGUUGCGAGUAGUAUCGUGAGCCACGCUUCCCUGUUGGAGCGCGCGUCGGCCUCUCGUCACAGUUCUCCGGCGGCACCAAAGUCUGAAACACAAUCCGGGAACGCCUUGCCUGGGGUCGCACAAGACGAUCCGUUGGCAGCCUACAUGGCCAUUGUGGCGCGCAAUCGGGCCAAUAAGGACGAAGCUGCCGCACCAGCAGCUGCCCAGCAGUCCCGGACGGCGUCGCCCGUACCUUCGCACGAUAGCUUUGCUGCGGCUUCCUUCCAGCUGUCCGAUGCACAAACGAUCACACCGCGUGGCUCGCCAGCUGUAGCUGCUGUCUCGUCACGCAUUGGCGGCUCGGACUUUGAUUUGGAGUCAGUGGAUGAGCACAUAGCAUCGGCCGAUCUAUCGGCUGUACCAGAUGACCCAAGCCUUGUGCCGUCUGAUCCUUCCUCGGGCGGCCUCUGGUAA